AUGAGUGCCUGGCCCUCUCCUCUGCUUUGGAGCUUAACCACAGCAUGGCUGACCGGUAUUGCUUUAGGCCAGACAACCACUCUGCAGGUUCCUAUUGCCUCAACACCAGUGCCUCCCAGUGCAAUGGCCACCCAGGUCCCUACUGCUGCCUCAGCACCGGUGCCUCCCAACACAACUGCUGCCUCGGCCUCUGCACCCCCAGUUUCUGCUACGACGUUCUCGGCUGAAGCAGCUUCUGCCACACCAAACCUUACUGCAUCCCCAGGAGUGCCGUCUGCUGACCCAACCGUGGGAGCAUCAGCUCCAGUUCUGUCCACCACCGUGGAGGCGACAGCGCUCGCUUCUGCAAGCAUGAGCACCCCUCGCGUGUCCACCACCGUGCCCAGCAGUGCCCUGUCCUCCCAUCUGGCUGUGACAGCGUCUCCUGGUGUCCCAUCCGCAGCUCCGUUCCUCACCACCUCGGAGCCCUCGGGCUGCAGCAGGGUGAACGUGACAGCGUGUGAACGCUGUUCCCCAGGGACGUUUCCCAACGAUGGCACCCUGAGCUGCUCGUGCUGCUCGCAGGGCUCCUGCGCAGGCCCCACUGACUGCAUCCCCUGCCCUGUGGGCCACUACCAGCCUCUGAGUGGCCAACGGUCGUGUGUGCCGUGUCCGCAGGGGUAUUACGCCAGUUUUCGGAGGAGCAUCGCAUGCUCUCCCUGUCCGCCUGGCUCUUACGCUAACGAGUCUGGGGCUGCAGCCUGCAGCGCAUGCCAGAAAGGGUAUUUCAGCUCGCAGCAAAACGCGGCCUUUUGCCUGCCUUGCCUGCCUGGAUCGUUUUGCAACACCACCAGCUGCACCAUGUGUCUAGCUUGCCCUGGUGGGAAGGAGGCUCGUCACAAGGCAUCUGAGGAGUGCACACCUUGCCACCCAGGUACGUUCAAAGGUCCCAAUGAUAACGGAUGCAAGCUCUGCAAGGCAGGAGAAUACCAAUUACAGCAGGGCAAGGAGAGCUGUGACCUGUGCCCAGAAAAUCACUACUGUCCUAGCCCAGAUGUGAACCCAGUCAAGUGCCCUGCUGAUGCCUUCUGCCCUCCUGGCAGCACUGAGCCCGAGUAUUGCAUGGAGGUGUUUCUUUACAAGUCAGGAGACUCCUGCCAGCUGGCCCCUCUGGUGAUCAUCCUCCUGGCCAUUUUCACAGCAGGUGGAAUCCUUGCUAUCUUUCUGUUGAUUCUGAAGAGAAGGCAAGAAUAUAGGAAGAGGUCUUUGAAGUCUCUACUGUUACCAAAAGGAUCAGGACAACACACAACGUAUGGUGUGAUGGAGCACACAGAACCAGUAUACACUGGUUGGUAGCAGGCUGCAAAAUGUUACCAACAAGCUUUCAGCUCACUUUUCUGUAUGGCAAUAUGGAUUUGCGUGUAUGGGCAAAAUGUUAAGCACGAUCAACCUAUUUCAACCUAUGUAGCCAACAUAUUUAAUUGUACUAACUGCAACUGCACAGAAAUGCAAAUAAAUCAUUUAUGAGUUGUGACUA